CUCUCUCCCUCUUCACACCAACUCAACCUCCCCCUCCCUCCCCUCUCUCUCUCUCUCUCUCUCUCUCUCUCUCUCUCUUCACACCACUAGCCUCCCUCUCUCUCUCCCCCUCUGCGGCUCUAUCUGCUGGCGCUGCGGUGAAUCUCUCCCCCGCUGUCAGAAACGGUAAAGUCAGGCAGCCGGCGGUCCGUAUCUGACCGUUAAAAGUCACAAACCUCGUUGAAAACGUCGUCUUUAUCCGACCGUGUCGACGCGUUAACGGGGCUUUAAAUUACUCUCCCAGCAGCUUAACACCCUCCGGCGGCAAAAUGGGAAAUGAAGCCAGUUAUGCCCUGGACAUGUGCUCGCACUUUGAUGCUGAUGAGAUUAAGAGGCUAGGAAAGAGAUUUAAGAAACUCGACCUAGAUAACUCCGGGUCCCUGAGCGUGGAGGAGUUUAUGUCCUUACCAGAGCUCCAGCAGAAUCCCCUCGUGCAGCGAGUUAUCGACAUAUUCGACACCGACGGAAAUGGGGAAGUCGACUUUAAAGAGUUCAUUGAAGGAGUCUCCCAGUUCAGCGUCAAAGGUGACAAGGAGCAGAAGUUGCGUUUUGCCUUCAGGAUCUACGACAUGGACAAAGACGGCUACAUAUCCAACGGGGAGCUCUUCCAGGUCCUCAAGAUGAUGGUGGGCAACAACCUGAAGGACACCCAGCUUCAACAGAUUGUUGACAAAACCAUCAUCAACGCAGACAAAGACGGUGAUGGAAGGAUAUCCUUCGAAGAGUUCUGUGCCGUCGUUGGUGGAUUAGACAUUCACAAAAAGAUGGUGGUAGACGUCUGACAACUUUCCCCCCCUCCAUUUACUGAAGAUCUGCUUGAAGACGCCGUCCAGCGAAACGCUGUGUCUGUUUUCAAUGCAAGUAUUUUCUCUGUGAAAUAUCCCCUCCUCACCCCCUCCCCCCUCCUCCCUCCUCACCCCCACCUCCACCUCCCCGCGAGCCUUCUGAAGCCAAACUUUUACCAAGUAUUAUUGAACAGGGACUCUCAGUGACUCGGCGUCGCACUUUAAAAGCUGGCGGACGGCUUUUUAACACAGAGCGACGGUUUCAGUUUGGUGGAAGAAAGCUGGAGUGUGUGUGUUCGAGUGUGUAUGUGUACUGUAUGUUUUACUGGGUUUUCAAGGUAUGUGGGUUUUUUAUAUUUAUUUUGGUGUCAGUUUUUUUUUUUUUUUUUUUUUUGAGAAUCAAAGAGUCUAUCUUAAAGCAAGUAAACCGUAGUGGACGAGUGUAGUUAGUGGUGAUGUUACUUGAUUUCAGAACAACACAAACAGCAUGAAGUGCCAACAAGAAUUUAUUGACAUGCAUUUGAAUUACAGGUAAAAUCUGUGUCUUUAUUUUAGAGAUGUAAUUGUAUUAUUGAAUGCAUUUAUCUUACUGGAGUAUUGCAUUAUUUACACUUAAGGAACUGCUUCGUCACAGUCAUUUUGGCGUCAUUUUGUCUGAAAUAACGGGGCAGAUUGGGACCUGCGUGUUUUUAAACGAUGUACUUUGGCUUACAUCAGCAUCCAUAUUCGUUUGGGUUUUUUUUAGGCACUUUUGUGAUAUUAAGCAAGUCACAUAGUCCGAGACAAAUUCUGACCUGUUGACGUGAACCUGGUGAUAACGAUAACUCGCACAAACGAGACGUACCGUCAGGGACGAGUCCCAUUUGUUUUCAGCAGCGCCUAAAGUUGACGUUACGAAAGCUGCUUCUCAUACAUGUUUGUAGAUGUACUGCAGAAAUCUUCUGCAGAACACGUCCAAGCGAAAGCGGAUAAAACUCUCGGCUGCGUGGAAUGAGAUCGGAGUUGUUUGCGUUCAGCUACGAAAAACGAAAUUAGGAAGAUUCUGAUAUUUCUCAUUUACGUGUUUGCUUGAUGACGCAUUAGAAACUGUAACGCCACUGAUCGUUGAACAACACGCAGGACUCCUACAGGUUGGAAAGACACACUCACAUUUUUAGUUUUUAAUAGGUCUGUACAUGUUUUUACACCUAUAAGAUUUAGUGAAAUAGUUUGGGGAGAAAAACAAGCUUCAGCUGUAGAUGUACGGCAGAAUUAGCAAAGACUGUAAAUGAUUUUGUAAACCGAACACGGUAUGUUCUGUAGUCAGCUGAAUCUGUGUAUUUGCAGCUCCUCUGCUUUGGACAGUCACAUCUUUAUACUUUAACUCUCUUUUGGGAAGAAGCAAAGCUGAGGAGGAGGAGGAGAAAAACAAAACGGCCGUCGAGCUGCUAAAAGCCGCUGUACUCGGUUCACGCUGCAGGAAAUCUGCCAGACGGAACGGUUUCUUUCCUGACGCGCUGCAAAAGACAAAAGACUUUUCUACCUGAAACGGAAGACUUGUGAUGUGUUUGCAUGACGUGUGAUCUGAUCUCUUCUUCUUCUUCUUCUGCCCGUUGCUGUUUGCAUGUAGAUCAGGUUUUAUUAAAGAUCUUUAAAGCUCUUUUCUUUUUUUUUUUUUUUUUUUUUUCAAAGCUCGAGUUUACCAGGCUGGUCUCAAAAUUUAAUGAAAUGAGCGCAAUGUCUUGCAGAUGCAAAUAAUCUAUUCGGUGCAUGCUACGUGACACAAAGAGUGUGUGAUAGUAUUACUGGUUAAGUUUGACCACUUGCAUAUUUGAAUUUUUAUACAGUUAUACAAUAAAAUAUAAAAUCCACGGUUUUUGUGCAUGUUUAAUAGUUAGAAAUCAUGGAAAAUAGCUACUUUGAAUAGAACUUCAACCCUUAAACAAGAUUGUUUAUUAAGCUAUUUGCUGUAAUAGUUUGGUAUUUUAAACCUGUGUCAGGGUCGUGUUAUUAUCAGAUAACGUCAGAUCAUGGAUUUCACGGCGACGAUCGUACUCUGAACAUUUUGUCUUGUCUUUCGUUAAUUUUAGCAUUUCAGAGUUUUGGCUCAUUUCAUGAAAUUCAGUGAGACCGUGUUGUGUUUACAUGUUAAUAAUGGUGAUACAUAAAACAUGAACAUUUAAAGCACGUAGAUGUUGCCAAUAAAAGGUUUAAACAUGGAAAUGUAUAAAAUCACUCCACUGAAACUGUAACCAUAAAGGUGUUUUAGUCGCCCGCCACUCGCUCUGUUUUGGGGAUAAAACCUGUAUUUGUUUUUUCUUUAGGUUGAUGAUAUUUUUGUUAUAAACGGUUGGUGUUGAAGCUUCCUGCUUGUUUAGUUUCAGGUCGGUGCGGAAAUGUCUUCUGUUGGUUUAAAGGGAUGUUUGUGAUGGAGGCCACACGGAUUCAGUCUUAGAUUUUUACUCCUGUUUUCAUCUUUGCUGCGUCACUGAAACUUCAUACAUGGAAAAAUGAGAAAUAAACUGUUUGAAAGUU